GAAAGGGCUCGUCUAGAUCCUCAGCAAAAUGUAACUUUUUUUUUUUCCUUUUCGUUCUGCAACGUAAAAAAAUACUAUCUUGCAGUUAGAGGUUAGAACUCCGAGGCUCAAGGAAGGGCAAAUAAAAUAGGAUUUUGUUUUACAGUGAGAGUGUUAAGAAAACGGAAAAUGGAUAAUUUGCAUCUUCUUGUUUGUUUAAUUCAAAAGAGAUUGUUCCUGGAAGUGAUUUAUAUAAUUACUUCGGAAAGUUCGAGAUAUUCAUUAACCAUUUAACUCAACGUAUUUACGAAUUACUUACAAAGUCAAGAAAGAAGUGACUGACUACACGAUAAAAAUAAACCCUCUGUGCAAAUUGUUUACCACCUGAUGGAAUGACUUAUUCUUCACAUUUUGGCGCAAGAGAGAAAUUUAUCUUUCCAGAGUGUCGGAUGAAAUACAGUGCUUUGUGAUGUCUUGGAGCACUCAAAACCCAAGUGAAACUACGCAAACAUUUUUUUCUCUUUCCUUUUCUGACCAUUUAAGAACUUUUGAUAGAGACAUAAAAUUAAAAGUGAACACACGCGUGAAGGAUUCGUAACGAACGUAAUUACAGUUAUUAUUUGAAAUUCAUAUUUAAGAUUAACAAUCUAUAUGAUAAUUAGUGACACCCUAUAUCUGUCUGAUAAUUAGGUUAAUGAAUCUGGGAAUAUUGUCUUCAAGCAUCGUGGAAGCUUAAACUUAUUUUAGUGACUAUACAUUUUACGGAAGGAUUUAUUACGGAUUAUCUGCUAGCAACCAGCUUAUUUUCAAAGUAUAUAACGUUAUUUUUUGGAGCAAUUUUAGAACAAAAAUGAGAAAACUAAGCUUAAAUUGGUUUCGCAGUCUUUCAUAUAGUCCUACGGAAGCCUCUCAGCAAGGUGGGACUAAUACUUCAGAACGUGAAUACGCACGAAUGAGACAUUAUUCCACAAUCCCUGAGGACAGAAGAUCAGAAAUAUCAAAGGUUGCAAAAGAAGUAACUUGGAUAGUUGCAUCCCACACUGCAGCUCCAAACUCUGAUGAAUUGAGCGUAAAUUCAGGUGACCAGGUCCAUAUAGUAGAAAAAACAGAGAAAAGACCCGGAUGGUCUUACGUACGAAGAAUUGCGGAUGAUGCUGAAGGAUGGGUGCCAAAUUCUUGCUUGAGAUCGCCACCUGCUUCAUACGCUUCUUCUCCAAAUAUUGCUGAAAUCAUUCAAAAAGAAUCACCACCGAUUCCAAGUGAAGCCGGAUUUUUAACUUACCCUGGUGGUACAAACAGUGGCUCCAAACCAAGAGGAAAUUUUAG